GACAAAGGGCAGGAGAAACAGAACGAGGGAAGACAAGAAGAAACGAAAAUGGCUCAGCAAAAAUCCAUCGGUACCAGACUCCACCUAGCAGUCCUGUGCAUGGUGGUCUCCUGUCAAGCCAUCGGUCUGAACGACCUGCUGGAGAGAGCUGCUCAACGCUCUGACAAGCUCCACUCCCUCAGCACCUCCCUCAUGAGUGACCUGGACUCUCACUUCCCCCCCAUGGGCAGAAUGUUGAUGCCACGCCCCUCUAUGUGUCACACCUCAUCUCUUCAGACGCCCAAUGACAAGCAGCAGACUCUGAGAGUGACGGAGAACGAGCUGCUGUCUCUGAUUCGUUCCCUGCUACAAGCCUGGUCCAGCCCACUUUUUCAACUGUCCUCUGAGGCGCCCAACCUGCCACACCCAGCCGCUAGCGCCAUCCACAGCAAGCUCAGGGAACUGCAGGACCACACCCAGAGCCUGGGGGAUGGACUGGACAUACUGGUCAACAAGAUGGGACCCUCCUCCCAGCUCAUCUCUGCCCUCCCCUUCAAUGGAGGAGAUGUUGGCCAGGACAAGACCUCCCGCCUCGUUAACUUCAACUUCCUCAUGUCCUGCUUCCGCAGGGACUCCCACAAGAUCGACAGUUUCCUCAAAGUCCUCCGUUGCCGAGCUGCUAAAAUACGACCUGAAGCUUGCUGAAAAAGGAGAAAAAAGGAGCCCAUUUUAGUUUUGAGAGCCAUAAUGCGAUGAGCGGGUUAAAGCAACGAAUCAUGUGAUUAAUCCCCAAAGGUUGAUUGGAAGUGUCUAGUCUAGUUAUGAUGUCACAAUCCUUAACUGCCAGGGCUUUGCACAAUUUGGUCUGUGGCAGUUUUAGGCCCACUUUAUGCCCUUUGCCUGCAUGGUCUUUGUUAUAGGCCUCAAAAUGGAAAUCAAUAAUUUAAACCUUUCCUGUUUACUUGUCUAAAUGUUUAAACGUUUUGUAAUGUCUUCUGAAAACUGAGCCCCAGUUAGUAUUCCAAUAAUUAAUUUUUUUUAAUGUAUUUAAUUAAUUGGCCUAUAUAUUUUAAAUGUAUUGAAUAUAUUUGAUAUCUUCACGUCAUCAAUCGUAAAAGGCGGACAUGGUUGUUAUUUCUCAAAAUCAUCAAUAAAAAUCUUUCUUGCAUGAA